GCCUUUCAUCGCUCACACGGUAAAUAAAUGUGUUGCUUCUCUGCGUAAGUUGUCAAAACAAACGCGUCUGUUUUAUUUUAAAUGCUUUGUCGUCCACGUAGAGUCACGCAAGAUGUUCAGCCGUAAUUACCAGGGUGGAGCUGUGGUGGAGAUCUUUAGCGCACAGGGUAAAGACCCUGUAGCUAAAUGGAAACUAAGUGGAGGACAGUCAGCCAUACACAAGGAGUAUAAUAAAGAAGUUAAGGGGUUUGUUUACCGUCUCGAGGGAAGCAGCCAGACUGUCAAGAUGCAAAUGCCAGAGAAUAUGAAGAUGUCUCUUGGGCUUCUCCAAAGAUUCUUAGUUUUACAAGUAAAUAUUCCCCAGGGCAAAGACUUUUCCCUUGAACUGGUAAUAACUGACUCAGAGCACCUGAAAAGAAGACUUCAUUUAUCAACAGUGCAUAAAGAGUUGACUGCCACGCUUUUACAUGCCAGGGUACCUUUUGUGGGGUUGAAAAGGGAUAUUUGGUCCACUUUGUGCAUCGACCUUGUGUCCUUCACUGCUGAACUGUUCAAGGGCUUUUUGUCACUGGAUGGCAUCGCUGUGUUUGCGACGUGUAAAGUCCGCAGAAUCUUCACCAUGAAGACUGUGCCCCCAUGGAUGGCAGAUGAUGUUGCGUGUCUUAGUGGACCUGUUCUCAUGGACGAGAUUCCACGCAGCUGCCAGUUCCCGUCGGGUGUAAACCAUGUAACUCAGAUGCUGAACAUGAUGAAUUUGCGUAAGACGGUGCUCAGGAGCUCUGACUGUGUUCCUGAUCCGUCGGGCACCGUCAGAUCAACCAGUAAUCAACAGACCAGGCUCCAGGGUGUUUUACACACAGCCUCAGGCUCCAAAGCUUCAGCAGCACCACCACAAACUGGAAGAAAAAGCAGUGUAGCCUCGGGCAGAAUGAAUAGAAGUGAAACCCAAAUCUCAAAUACGGAAUCCCUGAUCAGUGGAACGAACCAAAAGGAUUUCACUGACGCUGAGAGCAUUGGCAAUGCGAGUGAGAAUGCUUCACAUGGACAACAAAAGGGAACACCUGGCAAACUACAGCCCCAUCCACCAAUAGGCAAACAGGGAUCAAAGAAGAUGCGGGUCCUCAAUGCCUCAACAUUGUCAGCUCAUUCAGAUGCUGUGCCUGGUCGCUACGGAAACGGGGGUAAAAACAGGGAGAAGUGCCUUCUUUCAUCCAGUGGGCAAGAGAGCAGACAGCAACCUCUGACCCUAACAAAUAUGGCAGAUGAGUGCAGCAUCAGUCCUACAGAGGAUUCUGCUCCCACCCCAGCGGAGUCUCUUCCCUGCCCAACCCCACCUGUUUUGUCCUCAGACCUGCACGUCUGGAAGAGCUGGGAGAGUAAUGAUGGGUCCGAGCCCCAGCUCACUCUGCACGAAGAGGUGUUUGUCUUCUCAUCCCAGCCUCACUCACCCAAACGGGGGCAAGGCCACGGUGACCAGGAGAAGAUGGAGAUGAGAGACGGCCAGGCACAAAUCGGGAGUGGACAGCGGUAUGAGGCCCAGCCUGAAGAUGACUUUAUGGGCAGUGAAAGUGAUGAGGAGAAGAACUGUGUAACACUGCAGCAACAAAGUAGCGAGGCCAACCCUACUCCUCCUCCUAGUCCUCCUGAUCGUGCUCUGAACGGGAAAGUAGACGUCCAGCCUGAAUCUCACAAUAUUGACACGGCAUCUCCAGAAGACCUGUUCUCAGCCAUCACCACUGGUCACAUCGAGUCUCCACUCAGUGGGAGGUCUGAAUCAGCUAUGGUCCCCACACGCUGCCUCUCGCCCAGUGUAACAAGCAGCAGGCAGGAACACAAGUGUAUACCAUGUGGAUCAGAGGGAGUGAACCAGAUAGAGGAUGCAAAAAGCAGAGUGACACUGUCCAGGAGUCUUCUGCAUGAAGUCAAAUUGGAUGUGUCCCCACAGCACCAGGAGGAAGACGAGGCGCUGAAGACAGUUGAUUCCAGUCAUUACGACUUACACCUGCUUGGCAGUCUGAGGAUGCAUGGGGAUGAUGAUGAGGAGCUCCGAAUGCUGGCAAGCCUGAAAAGGGAGCAGGAGGAAGAUGAGUGUAGAGCCUCGGGCCUCAGUGCAUCUCAGAUUCACCAGUGUAAUGUCAGCGUCAGCAUGAGCAGUGACGACACCUCCACUUGGACCCACGUAGCCAAGUGUUGACAACUGGAUUGGACCCUGCGGCGGGCCGGUUCUGGCCCCCGGGCCGUAUGUUUGACACCCCUGCUCUAUGCUAAAAUACCACCACUGUGACCUGACCUUGGAUAAGUGGUAGAAAGCUGAUGAAUAGAUAUAUGUACAGUAUAAAGAUGAUGUCAUAGUUGAGGCUUUUGCACAUCAACAGCGAUGUGGAUAAACGGCACAUAAUUGGUAAUUUGUAGGUUCACCCACAGUUUUCACAUUAAGAGAGUCAUGGGUGAUGAUGAGCCGGUGCUGACUUUGUUGAAUACAAACAUAAUUAUCUGGAUACAGGUAACACUGAAGAAGAGAGGAGAGUUUCAACCCCAACUUUACCACGUUUGAGGACAUGAGCAUUUCUGUCAGACUGUUUAAAGAUUUGAGGAUGGUACUGUAGAGGAAAACCAAGGAUUUGAUAUUUUUGUUCUCAUGUUUUUGUAUAGAGCAUGAGAAAUGCUGAAUGUGAAACUGGGCUCAUAACUUAUCCUUGAAGACCAAACAAAAGCUAUUUUUUUCCCCCAAGUAAAGUUAGCAAUGAUGAAUUUCCACUGGCAUUUACUAUUAGACCAACAUAGUCAAUGUCCUUAGGUGCAAUAAUUUGCUGUGAAACAGCCUUAUAGAUAAAUCCACACGUCCUUUACUUUUCUUGUCACUUCUAAAUUACUUAUGUCACAAAAGUUAUAUCUUAAUUUGAACACUGACCCUAAGUCUAUAUUUUUAUUAGAAUAAAAGGGUAUGCUACCUAAGUACAUUUUACAAGCAAACUUUUCAUAUUUAUGGGGGACAUGCUUUGAAUUCCAGGGUGGAUUAAUAAUGCUAGAUGCCUAGAUGAGGAGUAAUACAUUUGGGAGGUAGAGUACUUUAAGGUGGAAGAUUUAAUAAUGUAAUACUGCUCAGCCUGUAAUUCUACCAUAGCAGAUGUGAUGUACAAUCGUUAAACGACAGGAAUUACAUACACUGAAGACCAAAAAAAAGAAUAACAGGUACUAGAACAGAGGUAAAUCAGGGGAUGAGGGCAGUAAUAUGUUUUAAAGACAGAUCCAGCAGCGUUUGGUUUCACAUCACCAAAUAGGUGAGUGCAGUCCAGUGUAACAUUAUAGCCCGAUGCUUUGAACCAAAGGUUUUCCAUAAAGAGAGCAGGUAAAGGGCCAGGCUCUGAAACAGUGUCCCAUCACAAACAACAGAUAUGUUCUGAUUGCUAAACCAAUGAGCAGACCUGAUGCAUAACCAACUCUCAGCCAUCACACAUUAGUGAAACUAUAGAGCGGUUACUGUGUCAGGCAAGCCAUCACACACACACACUCUCUCUCUGUAGCUACAGACACCCAACGUUGCUACCUUACCUUCACACUCCUGACUGUUUUGCUCCAGGAUCGUGAGGUGGAGUCUGUUCAAAAUAAUUGAUGCAAUAAGUGGUGUACUGCAAGCGAAGCUCGUGACUCAAAUUCUUAUCGAAAAAGUCUUAAGAAAAAAAAAAACCCAAAACCUUUGAAAGUCUGGUUCAUGCAGGUUUAAAUAGCCAUGUGAGGUGCUGGGGAGCAGUAUUACAGAUGGUACAGAAUUGGUUCACAUCCAAUCUUCCAAGAAGAAUUUUCUCCAUCACCCUACUGGUAAGUCAUCAUCAUCAGUGCAGAUUACCUGCAGAAUUCCACAGGGUACAAUUUUAAGUCUGACUUAUUUUUAGAAGACGAUUACAUGAGGUAGGCACUGCGGCGCAUGGAUAGCUAAAAUGUACUUAAGCAAUGCUUCAACAGCAGUGCUUCAACGACGCUGCUUCUUCAUCAACGUCAUGCAGUGUAGUAGUGUUUAAACGGGACCUGUGCUUAAAUGGUCUCCUGAGGCUGCAAUGUGGUUUUUAGCUUCGACAAGAUGGAGGUGGUAAUGCACUUGUUUUCUAAUAGUCGAUUGUGAUUAUGUAUUGAAAGUGAAACCAUUCUUAUCUUCUACCUGCAAUUAUUCCACAGCUAAAUGUCUCGUAUCCUUGUGGCUCAAAAAUAAUGUAACUAAAGUUUUACAUGAACCUAAACACAAGACAUUCUCAGCUUAAGUGGUGGGUUGUGCUCAGGUUUUCUUGUCUCGUAUUAGCUUGGUUGUUCAUCACUGUUUGUUUCAGUAUGCUGGAAAUGGGUUUUUCCACAAAGAAACCGCAUAUUCUUCUCACCCCGUAUUUAUAAGUGAUAAUUGGUAGAAAGGCAUAAUUGACAUAUGUAGCUGCUCGGCAGGAGAUUUAUUCCCACAGUGAAAUACAAAGGAGCAAUUGAACCUCACAUGAAUUAAAAAUAAACCUUUUGUGCAACAGUGAUACAAUUCCUUGUGACACUAAUGUCAUCAAACAUAAAUAGCAGUGUGACAGAGGGCUGUGUUGAAUGAAGCAGGUCAUUUUCAACCUGAAAAACACUACUAAAUAAAUAAUGCAAUUGAAUAAUGCAUUUUUGUUUGUAUCCACUCAGCAUUUGGUGACAUUUUAACGUGUCCUUUUAUUUGUUCCAGCCGUCUAAUCAAGGCCACCACUAUCAGAAUGAAAUGAACCCCCUCCUUCACUCAAACCCCAG